UGUAUUUUUCGCGCAAGAGAAGUCGUUGUUUACGCUGACGUCACGGUAUCCCGGGUAACUGACCCUGGCAGCUGUUCUCCCAGGAAGCAUGGUCAGAAAAAUGCUAAUCCACUUCAGCCUGAGCAAGCACCACAAAACCACCUGAGGAAAACAUGGGCUUGUUGUCCAUUCUACGGAGACUUAAGCAGACUCCAGAACAGGAGGUGCGCUUGCUGCUGUUAGGCUUGGACAAUGCUGGCAAGACCACUCUUCUAAAACAGCUGGCAGCCGAAGACAUCAGCCACAUCACUCCCACACAAGGCUUUAAUAUAAAGAGCGUCCAGUCUUCUGGCUUUAAGUUGAAUGUUUGGGACAUUGGAGGGCAGCGCAAGAUCCGUCCAUACUGGAGGAAUUACUUUGAGAACACAGAUGUGCUGAUCUAUGUGAUCGACAGCUCAGAUCGGAAAAGGUUUGAAGAGACGAGUCUGGAGCUUGCUGAGUUGCUGGAGGAGGAGAAGCUUGCUGCCGUGCCACUGCUAAUCUUUGCCAACAAGCAGGACCUGAUGACAGCCACUCCUGCAUCUGAGCUGGCCGAAAGUCUCAAUUUGCACACCAUCCGGGAUCGCAUGUGGCAGGUGCAGGCCUGCUCAGGAGUCACUGCUGAGGGAGUGCAGGAUGGCAUGACCUGGGUUUGCAGAAAUAUACGUUUUAAGAAGAAAUAACUCAGGAAUACAUGAAAAAAAGUAAAGUUGCACUUUAAACUUCCAGUUAUUUUACUAUCAGGUCAAGGAGACAGAGUGUGUUUUUAUGGCACUGUCUCUUUUGUCAUUUUGUCUCCACUCAGCAAUACAAAAAUAAUUUCUUAAGUAUUCAAUACAGUUAUCCUUUACAAGCUAACUUCUCAAUCCUGUGUCACAUAUCUUGACAUGUAUAUAUUGUAUAUAGGCUGUUUUACUUAGAUGUUUCAGAGUACUAUUUUUUGUAAUGUGAUUAUUGUAAUCUAAGGUAUGGAGAUAUUAAUUUCCUGAAUAAAUAUUCAGUAUUUACCGUG